AUGCGGUGUUCUGCGCAGUUGGCUCCUUCUGUAUCCCGUAGGAUCAGCCCAUCAGGUUGGCUGACUCAGCGCCACUUUUGGUCGCUUUCGAUUGGUUCUCCCGGCCCAGCCGGAACCAAUCAGAGAGCCCGUCAGCCCGCUGCGUUCAAACCUCGACCUCCAAACCUCCAAACCCUCCAUCCUCCAAGCCCUUCCCUCUCCACCCCCAAUAUCAGCAGCUCUACCAGGACAAUGUUCCUUCAGCGUACUGCCUCUGCCCUUGUGAGGCGCACUCCCGCUCGGGCUCUGACCCUUGCCCAGCGCCCUUUCUCCUCUGCUGUCGUGCGCCGUACGUGA